CACACACACAGAGAUUUGACGGAGCUGCUGAUGGAGAAAACGUUUGGAGCUGUCGUCUUUAAAUUGGUCUGAUCCUCUUCUGUCCAUCUGUUAACGCCGUCUCUAUGAGCAGUGAGACAUCUUCCUCCUCUGGAUUCGUCAUCAGCAGAAUUUGUGUCUUUGGAUAAGCUUGAGCAGAGAUGGGACCUCAGACAGCAGUGGCUCCGUCUAAGGAGGUGAAGCGUGGAGGUCAGGGAGGGGCCCGUCUGAGGAGCAGCAGUGACGGCAGCAUGUACAGCAGGCGAGGAGUCGGCCUAACAAACAACAACUCAUCGUCAUCCUCACCUGUGCUCUUCAACCCCAAAUCAGUGUUGAAGAGACCAGUGAGCACCGAGGAGCUGCAGAGACCCGGAGGACCGUACAUCAAGAAAACCUUUACAAUUGUGGCCGAUGCAGUCGGUUGGGGGUUUGUGGUGCGAGGGAACAUGCCGUGUCACAUCCAGGCGGUGGAGCCCUGCGGCCCAGCUGCUGCUGCUGGGAUGAAGGUUUGCCAGUUUGUGGUUUCGGUCAACGGGAUCAACGUUCUUCAUCUGGACUACCGGACCGUUAGCCACCUGAUCCUGACCGGACCGAAGACUGUGGUGAUGGAGGUGAUGGAGGAAACUGAAAACUGAGCAGUAGAAGAACCUCUGCUGCACGGGCACAGAAAAACUUUUAAGAAACGCUAACAGGUGCGAGUCCUGUCUGAGGUUUCCUGAAAUAUAAACCCCAGAGAAGAACUCUGGAAGAGGAAACCUUUUCAGGAACUACAUGAGAAAGAUUCUGUUUCUACACGGCGGCCAUGUUUCUUUACAUUAAUAACACGGAAGAUAAAACUCAAGAUCAUCUUUUGUGUUGAAUGACGGUCACAUCCUCUGUGACAUUCGCUCCUUUGGACGAGUGGCCUCAGUAAGGACUCCAUCUGACGGCCUUUAAAGUCGGACAUGACUCUCAGAACAGGACCGAUCCUGUGCACUCAAACUAUAAUGUUAUUGUUUGUGUAGACAGAAUAACGACUUCAAAUGCACAUUUUUAAUGUUCAAGUAUCCUCAGUCUGAUUCCUCCACUCGAGGCCUGAUUGACAGAGGGAUAGCGGAGAUUUUGAACUUGCUAAACUCGUGCAAAUGAGACAAAAAAACAUGUAAUCCACAAACCACACACGGAGGGUUAAACGCUCCCCAAACUGCGCUGCGGAGCAAACAGCAUCUCUGUGUUCUGAUUGUCCAGAUGUAAAUUAGCUAUUUUCCACUUUUGGGGCAAAAUUGUCCCUUUGCAAUGCAGAUGAGCAUCAUUAAAAAUGUCUAGCUCACAAGCACUUGCAGUCCUGCAGAAUUGGAGUAAAACUUCUACGGCCUGCUGAGAGUCGGUGGUAACUGUAAUAAUGCUAACAGUCACAUGCUAACUUUCUGGUGAACGUGACAGUUCGACCUCAGUGUGACUCUGUAUGCGGAAAUAAACUCUGCAAACACACUUUGACGAGACGAUUAGUUAUAUUUAAAGGCUUCAUUUGGGUUGUCUGAGGCUCAACCUCGGCUACAGUCUGGGCCACUCAGCAGGACAGGGAGGAGGGUCGUCUUUUUUUAUCAGCUGGCUUGAUUUUUGAAGGAAGCAUACGAUGUGACAUCUGAACUUCCCAACAAACCGAUAAAGAUGUUAACCCCCCUCUCAGAGCUCGGUCAGGAUGAAAGCUUCUCUCCACAAUCAGAUGAACACAAGAGCUAUGUGUAAGAAGAUCUGAAACUUCAUGGGCGCUUUGUGCUUGAAUAUCAAUAAGACAAAAUGCUGUGAGCUGGAUCUGAGACGGAGGAGAAAACAGACGAUGGAGCUCUUAGCAGACGGGAUCCAUUCUUAGUGAAUAUGAACAUUGUUCUAGUUUGGGGUGUAAAUAUGGCCUCGGCUUAAGUGAGAGGAAAAGGAAGAUUUCUGUUCCUGUACUGCAUCCAUCCUUCUCUUCAGUAAUGCAGCUACUCUCCUCAAAUGUUUGUUUUCACUCAUCUCUUAAACAAUCUUUCAGUUUCUAAUGAAGGCACUGUGUUCUUUGUGUCAACCUUUUUAUUUUUUUUAUUUAAAACUUCUUGUUUUUCUAUUUUAAAGGAGCAGUAUGUAAC